AUGUCGAACAACCUAGGCGCUAGCUUCACUAAGCUACCCAGACCGCCGCAACGGCCACCAGCUUGUCGGGCAUGUAAGCGCCGAAAGUCGAAGUGUGACUUCGAGCAGCCAUGUUCUACUUGUAUGCUUCAUAGUACUGUGGAUAAUUGCUGCUAUGAUACAUUGGCAGUUCCUCGCGACCAUAGAUCUACAGCUCGCAUAUGUCCAAGUGCUCCUUCCCGAACGAAACAGGCGAAAACGCUAAAAGCCAGACUUGCUGAAGCUGAAAGCAUGAUCAUGGCCCAACAACAUACGAUCGAGUCUCUCCGAGCGGCGGCUAAUACUAUGGCACAAAGCUCAACCUCACAUAGUGAUUUGCAUGGCCCGAAUGAUUUCCGCGCAGUCCAGGAUGAUGCCAAGGAUCGCGAGGGAGACGAUACGACGGGACGAGAGGAAGAUGGGAAAACUCACCCCGAGGAUUUGGCCGAUAAGAUGACUCGGUUAGUAAUCGGUAGUGCCAUCUCGCCACUGCAGCUUGAGGUUCCCGAGCUCCCCAAUUCCAUUGCCACCCCGGAACGAACCACAAACGGGGAAGCCCAGAAACUUCAAAAUCAUGUGCGCGCUUUGUUGGUUUCUCACAACAACGGUUGGGUCGAAUUCGCACGCCGUUUCGGCCUCAAUCCCUCACAUGCAGCACCUUUGCCUCCGCCCCCGCUAGUCUCCAACACCAUCAUACCUGAAAAAGAAACAAUUAACAGUGUUCAUGGCCUGGUCUCUCUCUUUCCACCUACUAAAGUCGAAGCUUUGGCACUCCUUGAAAACUACUUAUCAUUUGUGAACCUCGUCCAUCAUGUGGUUGAUGGUCCGCAAACGCGAUUCGAAAUCGAAUUUUUCUAUGAUCUACUUCUUCUCGAUCCCCCUCAACCCAUGAAGCCCUCUCCAAUGCCGGUCCCGCCUCUCCUAGAGCCCGGCUGGCUGAGUGCCAUGUUGGCCAUUUUCACAUUGGCGGACAAGAGCGAUCGAGGCGGAUUGCUGAGACCAAACUCCCCUCAAUCUCUUUCUGACUCACAACGAGCUGAUGGAAAAAGUAAAAUCUGGUUGGAGGGCUCGCUUCAAGGUUUGAGAAUGAGGCUAAGUGGUGAGACACCUCUUGAUCUGGUGGCGUUAAGAAGUGUUUGUCUAGUUGUUUGGGUCGCAAUCUCGGGGAAAACCUAUUCUCCUGUGGGGGAACGUGGACACGACGUCCGGCUUCCGCGUUCGAUAACCGAUCGUGAUCCGAUUCCCUCGGCUAUUUCUGGUCUUGCUUUUCGUUCUAGGUUGAUGCGGCAGCUUCGUAAACUUGCCACACUUGCCUUGCUACCUGGCGGAAUCUCGCAGGCCGAUGCAGCGAAUUUUGAGGCGGAGUUAGAUCGACUUGAUCAACGCCUGCCUGGUGAGAUAGAUUGGGCGAAAGCUAACCAUGGUUACCCUCGUUUCCAUCCGAUUGUGGGGGGUUUGACACUUUCAGCUCUGAUGGCCAAGAGCUCGGACCCCUCAGAACGCCGCAUGCUUUUCGACGAGCUAUCACGUUUUACUGCGGUGAUCCAUGGCUAUGGGGUUCUGUCUCAAGUCACUAAUUUGGGAAUUUUGGCCAUUGAGACUGCUCUCGCCGAAGUCAGACGUGGGGAGCUUGAGCCGCGAACUUUGAGGAUACCAGCAUCGACAGUUUCACAGGCCCAAAACGAGGAAAACUCGACAGAGCCUUACUAUGCUGCCCCGCUUAUCCCUGAGACAGUUCCCUAUGAUAGGCAUCAGGGGGUGGAGCCUCAGUCUGAACGGCCCCCAUUAGCUCCAAGGCAGUCAGAGCAUAUUCAACACCCUUAUCGCCCGACGCCGAUCAUCAUCCCAGCCGAUGGACUCUCCAAGCAGACAAACCUCAGAAAGCAGCCCGAGGUCUGCCUCCAGCAGCCCGCAAAUGUUUAUGAUGUCUUGUUGAGCGAGCGUGUCGUGCGCCGGGGAGACUCGGACCAAGUUGAGCCGGCUAGUGCCAUAAGUCCUAUCACACCUAGUGGAAACGAUUUUGGCCAAUACGCAAUCACGCCGGGACAAACCCACGUCAUCAACCCGAUAGGAAAUUUAUUUUCACACCUGGGGGGAGUUGGCUACGAGGGGCUCAUGGUUGGGUGGAUGGGGUCUGGAAUAAGCACACCAGCUACUGGAAACCAAUCAUCCGAAACCGUUAUUCCAACCGUUCAAAAUACUUGGAAACAAGAAUGGUGA